AUGCGCUUUGUGGACUUGGCCGUCGACCUCGCCGCAGUGCUCAAUGCCUCGCGGUCCGUGGCGUCCAAGCACAUUGCCCUGCGCAGCCGACAGCUCGACGCCUACAGCAGGAACUCGAGCAUCGCGGCGACAUGGAGGAGUGUGAAGCCAUCACGCGAGGCGGGGACGACCAGCGGUAGCGAGCAGGCGAAAGCAUCUCCAGAGACUGCGACGUCCGCCGGCAUAGACAUUCGUGGCCAGAUCCCAGACGCCUCACCAGCUCAAGCGACGCCGACAAAGGUGGACGAGGAAACCGUCGACAUGGCCAAGGAGCUGAUUGCAGGCGAGGCGCCCAGCCCAACCGCGUACAAGCUGCGCGAGUCCAAAGUGCCGGCGUCCCGCUUCAGCCGCCUGUGGAACUACGGAGGCCUGGCUGCCGGCAUGCUGGGCGGAGCCAUGACGGAGAGCGUCAGCCGCGCGCUUGGCGGUGGCGGCCAAGGGUCCGUCAUGCUCAGCGGAAAGAACAUGGAGAGGCUGGUGGCCCGGCUUUCCCGCAUGAGAGGCGCCGCCCUCAAGCUUGGCCAGAUGAUGAGCCUGCAGGACUCAAAGAUGCUCCCUGCGCCGAUCCAAGAGCGAGACCGGGUCCUCGUCAGCAAUCUGGGCGAUGGCUGGAGAGACUUGUUCAGCGAGUUUGAGGAAACCCCUAUUGCGGCGGCGUCGAUUGGCCAGGUGCACAGGGCCGUUCUCCGGUCCAACGGCAGAAAGGUGGCCGUCAAGAUUCAGUUCCCCGGGGUGGCCGCCUCCAUCGACUCGGACCUGGACAACCUGGCCAUCCUGCUCAACGCGACUAAGCUCCUGCCCAAGGGGCUGUACCUCAACAAGACGAUUGACAACGCCCGGGUCGAGCUCGGGUGGGAGUGCGACUACGAGCGAGAGGCGCAGUGCGCGAGGCGCUACAAGGAGCUCCUCCGGGGUGAAGACGUGCUGCUCGCGCCCGACGUACACCCCGAGGCGUCGGGCAAGCAGGUCCUCACCAUGGACUUUAUGGAGGGCGUCGGCGUCACGCGCGUCAAGAGCUUCACGCAGGAGCAGCGCGACUGGAUCGGCACGCACAUCAUGCGCCUGUGCCUGCGCGAAAUCACAGAGUUCAAGUUUAUGCAGACGGACCCCAACUGGACAAACUUCCUCUACAACGCCGACCUGCGCAAGCUCGAGCUGCUCGACUUUGGCGCCUCGCGCGAGUAUCCCGAGGCAUUCGUCCGCCAGUACGUGCAGCUCCUCGACGCCGCCUCGCGCGCCGACAGGGAGGCCGUUAGGACGCUCUCCCAGCGGCUCGGCUACCUCACGGGCCACGAGAGCAAGGCCAUGGUCGACGCGCACGUCGACUCGGUCCUGACCCUGGCAGAGCCGUUUGGCGUCUCGGCCCCCCGCGUGUACGACUUCAAGGACCAGACCAUUACCGACCGCGUCAGGGCCCUGAUCCCCGUCAUGCUGCGCGAGCGUCUUGCGCCGCCGCCCGAGGAGACGUACAGCCUGCACCGCAAGCUGAGCGGCGCGUUUCUGCUGUGCGCGCGGCUUGGUAGCAGGGUGGCCUGUAGAGAUAUGUUUGCCAAGGCCGUCGACAAGUCGGGAUACGUCGAUAGGAAGGCGUGA